AUGACAGACAGACACAUUUUCCCCGAUCACACCACCUUGGUAUUUAGAUCCCUUCGAGGUCUAGUAGCUUCCAACCCUUACCUCAACCUCAUCCCCUCCCUCAAGGUAGUCUAUCGAGCAGACCAUGAUUCUUCCAAAGUUUCUUUGAUCUGCGGAGGUGGUUCCGGUCACGAACCCGGUACAGUUGGAUUUGUGGGUAAAGGGUUGUUGUCUGCCAGUGUAGCGGGAGAUGUAUUUGCUAGUCCCAGUGCGAGGCAGGUUAACGCUGCGAUUAAGAUGGUUGGAAGUGAAAAGGGUGUUAUAUUGAUCAUCACCAAUUACACCGGUGAUAACCUUCAUUUCGGUUUGGCGAGACUUAUGGCACAAUCUGCAGGAGCCAAGAACGUAGAGUUGGUGGUUGUCGGUGACGAUGUAUCUGUACCGAGAUCAAGAGGGAAAUAUCUUGGUAGAAGAUGUUUGGCAGGUAUAACUUUAGUGUGCAAGAUAAUGGGAGCAGGUUCAGAAGCCGACAUGUCAUUUGACGAAUUGGUACCCCUCGGUCGAUCAUUAUCUUCAAAUACCGCUUCGAUAGCUGUUGCAUUAGACCAUUGUCACGUACCGGGUAGAAGUGGUGAUGGUGAUUGGCAUAUCGAAGAAGGUAGAUGUGAGAUUGGUUUAGGGUUGCAUAACGAGACUGGAGUAUUCAACAUCGCUCAACCAGGUCCAGAGGAACUAAUCACCAAGCUUCUCGACUUACUCCUCAAGCAAGAUGAUCCCGAACGAUCAUUUGUGAAAUUCAAAGAUGGGGACGAGCUCGUGUUGCUUGUGAACAAUAUGGGAGCGAUGAGCGAGUUGGAAAUGGGUGCGGUGGUAGAUGAAGUAUUGGUACAACUUGAAUCCCGAAAUAUCAUCCCCGUCCGUAUACUCCAAGGACCAUUCAUGGGCUCAAUGAACAUGCCCGGUAUCUCCCUCUCCCUACUCAACUUGACCAACGUUGCCGAGGAGAACUCUUUCGUAUCUACCUCAAGACUGUUGGAAUUGCUUGACGCACCCCACAACUCACCCGCUUGGCCUGCCACUUCUCAGAGGUACCCCCUUCCCGAGGAUUUGAGGAACAGGAAGAGGGAAGACGCGUUUACGGAGGUGGAAGAGGAGAAAGAGGAGGUUUACACUGGAGGGGCCAAGCUGGUCGUCGAUCCAAAACCUAUUCAACAAGCUAUGAAAACCGCUGCUGAGAAUGUAUUAGCCCUGGAACCCCAAUUGACUAAAUGGGAUACCAUCGUCGGUGAUGGCGAUUGCGGAGAGACCUGUGCCCUAGGUGCCAAAGGAGUUUUAUCAGCCCUAUCAAAAGGUCUAGGAUCGAAUGGAGAUCUCGUAGAGCUCUUCCGAACCUUGACUCAAGUCAUUGACGACUCGAUGGGUGGUACACUCGGAGCGAUCUUUUCGAUUUUCCUUGCGGGUCUCACAACUUCUCUAAUCAAGCAUGCUGAGGCGAAACCCGAUGAGAAGGUGAACGAAGAAUUCUUUGGAAAGGUUGUAAAAGAAGCUUUGGAUACUUUACAACAGCGUACAGCAGCUAGAGUAGGACAUCGCACAGUUAUGGAUUCUCUCAUUCCUUUUGCCGAAACCCUCUCCAACCAAGGUAAUUUACAGAAUGCUGUAGAGGAAUGUGUGAAAGGUGGUGAGAAUACGAUUAAACAGGAGGCUAAGAUGGGAAGAGCGGCUUAUGCUGGUACGGGUGCUGAGAGAGGCGAAAUGCCUCCUGAUCCUGGAGCGAUGGCUUUUGUGGAAGUUAUCAAAGCUAUAGGCAAGGUAUUCGCCUGA